AUGGCAACCAACAUCGCUCUCGAAACCACGAUGGCAUCGUCGCAGGGCACAAUCUUCGUCGAGCUCUAUAACGACCACGCCCCCAAGACCUGCACCAACUUCUCUACGCUCGUCUCGCGAGGCUACUACGAUACCCUUCUCUUCCAUCGCAUCAUCCCCUCCUUCAUGUUGCAGACCGGCGACCCGACUGGUACAGGCCGCGGCGGCUCCAGCAUCUACGGCGAAAAGUUCGAGGACGAAAUCGUUCCAUCCCUCAAGCACACUGGUGCUGGCAUAUUGAGCAUGGCCAAUAGCGGGCCCAACACAAACGGGAGCCAGUUCUUCAUCACGCUCGCGCCGACCCCGUGGCUGGAUGGUAAACACACGAUUUUUGGGAGGGUGACGAGGGGCCUGGGGGUGGUGAAGAGGAUGGGGCUGGUAAGAACUGGGGCUGAGGAUAGGCCGGUGGAGGAAGUGAGGAUUUUGAAAGCAAGGGUUGUGGACGAUGCGGAAGACGCUUGA